UGUACAGUGUAAAUAUGUACUGCGAGGUACAUAAGGGGGAAGUGAUACAUAGGCUCUCCGUCGUUUAUUUACCUCUCGCAGUCGUUCAGACCGCCGUCAGAUGGGAAACUCACCAGUCUGCCGAGCGAAAUCGUACCGAGCCGUGGAAUAAAACACAACACCAACGUCCACUACGACAAUUGUUUUUAACAUCGUCGGUUUUUAUGAAGAAUAAUCCGUCAAAGUGCGACGACGUUUUCAAACCGUUUCGUUCGCGCGUUUAUACGAAAUCGAGGAAGGGGUUUUGAAAUGUGCGCAAAAUAAGGUUAUGGUCUUCUCUGUGUGUGUGCGUGUGUAUGCGUGUAUGUGUAUCGGUGUUUGUAAGUGAGUCUAUGUGCGUGCUGCCGCUGCUUUUAAAACGGAUGACACACACAGCGUCGAACUAUUACAUGAGAAUUCUCUCGAAAGUUAUCCGAGCUUUUUUCCGUCUUGUCGUCUGAGUUUUCCGGAUACUGGCCUCUCGGUAACGUUGUGCGACGGGAUGGCUUUGGAUUCGUAGAAUCGACGGCCCUCGAAGAGGUCUCCUCGACCGUCGUAAAAAUUUGCCUGGAAUUGGUCCCUCGGCCUAUUCAUUAUUGAAACGUACAGAAUGUAAUACGUCGGCUGCCGGUUACUUCUAUUGCUGGCAGUAUUGUGGACUGUUUUGUGAAAAAAUGUGCACAACUUUGGAUUACCACCAUUGCUAGGUUUAUUGCUCAAGUCGUUUAGACAGAGAAAAUUCGAUCAGAUCCGAUGACCAUGCAUCUGCCAAAACUGGCCAAGCCAGAAAAAAUCAGGUUGGUCGAAAUCAACUCGCAUCUCACCUGUUAUCUGUGCAAGGGUUAUUUUAUCGAUGCAACCACCAUAUCCGAAUGCCUGCAUUCAUUUUGCCGCAGUUGUCUCAUAAAAUUCCUGCAAGAUAAUAGCCACUGUCCCAUAUGCGAGGUGUUGAUCAACAAAGCCAAGCCAAAUAUCAAAUUGGACAAAACGCUCCAAGACAUUGUGUACAAGCUCGUUCCGGAAUUGUUUCUGAACGAGAUGUUGCGCAGGCAACGUUUCUAUCAAAAGCACCCGGAGGCCGCGGCGAAAGCCACCCCCGAGGACAGGGGCGAAGACACCGAACGAACAAUAUUCAGUCCGCGAGACUCCAUCAGCUUGUCGAUCGAAUACAUUCGGGAGGAUUCUACGCCAGGAGCCAUAGCGAUUCCACCCUCGAAUUGUAAAAACGGUACCGAGGGUACGAAAAAUGGUACCGUCGCCAUUGCGAACGAUUUGGAAUCGUUGGCGCUGCGACGGUAUCUUCAGUGUCCCGGAAUGUGCAGGGUAGAAGUGCUGAAGAAAUUUAUCUGCACCAAGUACAACGUAGACAUUAACAAAUUUUAUAUUGAAAUUUUGUACAAACGCGUGCCUUUGCCGGACCACUACACCCUAAUAGACAUAGCGUACAUUUAUUCGUGGAAAAGGAACGAACCGAUGAAGUUCUUUUUCAAAAUAAUAGAUUUAGAUACGAAUAUGGACGUUUCGGAAGACGUUGAGAUUUCGUCCUUCCCCAUGAAAAUCAACAAACCUCCGAAACCAAAAAGGAAAACGUUAGAUAAAAUCAAGACAACCGGUGAUAAUAAAAAACUGAAUUUCGAUAGCGUCAAUAGUGAUAAUGCUAAAUGUGAUAACAAAAUUGAUAAAGACACUUCAGUUUUACCGAAGACAAUAAUAACGAAUAACGAUAACGGCAUCGAAUCUAGUCAAAAGUUAGACGAAAAAUCUGAAAAUAAAAUUGAAGAUAAACUGAAACCAUCGACGAAACUUGAAAUUGAUUUGCGAUGUACCGAAGGAAUCGCGAAAUUGGACGAAACGAAACGUAAAUCGGAUGAAAUAAAAAUUAUCCGAAACGGUGAAGAUGAUUCGAACAAAGAUAAAACAACUGAAGAAGUAAAAGUUGUCCAAAACGUUCAAGAUGAUUUGAAAAUGGAUAAAACGACUAAAGAACUAAAAGUUGUUCGAAACGUUCAAAAUGAUUUGAUAAAACUAGACAGCCAAAAACUGUCUAAGGAGUACACAAAGAUUACUUUGAACCGUAAUAGUAACAUGGAGAUAAUAACGAAGGUUCAACAGGUGUCCAACAAAAAUGGGCAACCAAUAGGACUGAAGAUCACCAAGCAAUUGGUGAAGAAGCCUGUGAUUGAUAGUAAUAAAACAAUUAAUAAUAAAUUAACCGAAUCGAAAAGGAAGUUAUCGCCAAAACAUAACAGUAUACAAAAUCAUAAGAAGAACGUAUUGGGUAUAGAAGAUAAAGUGGAAAUAAAUCCAUCAUGUGAUGUUAAAAAUCACAGUCCUGCCAAUGACUUCACAUCACCUCCUGAAUCCUCUUCCGAGCCACUAGAAGUCGAUCCGGAAAAAUCAAAGUUUCUUGAAUCGUUUGAAUUGACUGCCAGAAGUUCUCUAUCACCACAAAAGCGAAACUCAAUCACCAACCACAAAACUACCCCAGAAUCCUUUUCAAAGGAUUUGGAAAUCCAAAAAUGUAACUUAGGAGGUCCAUCGUCUGCCCAAAAGAGAAAACCCUCCAGUCCCAUGAAACACGAGAGGGCGUCAAAGAAACAAAAGUCCUUGGCCGGCAAAACGUCGCCAAACAAACGAAAGCCCGAAUCGAAAAACAUCUCAAACCCUACGGUCCGUCAAAUGGUGUCAAAUGUUCACCAGAGUGCAACGAACGUGUCGAAAAUCGUGGAACAAUCAUCCCCGAAAUCGAAGUGUAACAAAACAGAUUUACAAUCUCUCUUCGACAGUUGCAAAAUCAACAUCCCCUCGUCGCUUUCAAUAACGAUCAAAGAAGGCACAGAGGACAAAAAUCUACCCCCGGUCAAACCGGUUAAGAACUACAUUGAAAUUCUGAAGUUGCCCGACACAGAACAAAAGCUUUUGAAAGACUCGAAAGAAUUAGAUGACGAGUAUAGAGAAAGGCCGAAACUGAACAUCACAGUUUCUUGUUCAACAAACGGUAUCCAAAACGUUCCGAAAGGAGAUGGCGAGAUCCAAAACAAAUUACCAAAAACCACCGAAGAAACCACCAGUACAACAAAUACCUCCGUACUUGAAAAAGGCACUCAGAACAAACCUUCGGCGACUACAAAGGUGGUCGCUUCUACUUACAUACCAGAGAAGGUUACUACCACCAUUCCCAUAAAACUUGCCCCGUUGAUCGCCAAUCAGUCGUUCCAGAAGAUGUUCGAAGAAUCUAUCAAAAAAUCUAAUUGGUGUAUUUCCACCGAUGGUGUCGACAAAGAAGAAAAGUCUCCAAAAGAAGACAGUAAACAUAAAACGUCUACUAUUAGUACAAACGAGACCAGUAACAAUAAAUUAAAUGAAAAAGAGUCCCAAAAGAUCGCGUUGGAUUUGACGACGGAUAGCAACAGUAGUAAUUCUUCGAGCAGUGGUCUAAUUAAUAGCAGCACGAAGAAGAACAUCCUAGAGAUCGCCACGCAGUUGUACAAGAAAUCGAAACUGGAGCAAACAAAAUCGGCGGAAGACAGUAGCAAACAAAACAAAACAGCUACAAAUAAUACCAGUACGUAUUCGAGGCAUAUUUCGGCCACCGCCACACCAAACUACACCCCCAGCAGUAUUCCCCUACGUUUGACACAGACUUUAUCGAAUUUACAUUCGGCCAGUUUGGGACUCAACUACACAGUGUCUGUGACUCAAAACAACUCGCCGAAAUUGUCUCCCAAAAUCAGUGUCCCAAGUCCGAAAAGGAACGGAGACACUUCUAAAGUUCCUACCACAACAUCCCCGACUGAUUCCAAAGUGAAAACUUCAUCCCCAAAGACUGGAUCAACGCCAAAACUUAAUACCGUAUCGCCUCCGUUUAGUUUGUCACCGAAAUCUUCCGUUAAUUCUUGUGCUAACAGUAGUGACAAGGGUGUAAAAACAACAAUAGCAACGGGUAGUGCCGCGGGUGGUCUAUUUACAUCCGGGGGUUUUUGCAUAGUGUCGUCCAAAGGGGACGAACCGGCCGCCAAGGUUCCUAGACUGAGCGCGUCACCGAAAAGCACCUGUUCUUCUUCCACCAGUGACGCUAUCAAAAUUUCUGCAGCGUCGCCAAAAGCUAAAGAUAGUUCCGGAAGUGUUGGUGGUUCUGGUGGUGUUAAUAGUCAAAAACAAUCGUCGUCUAAAAAUGACAGUGGCAGUAGCAACAACAACGGUGGCGCUUCCACCAUGAACCCGAAUGAGAUUUUGGAAAAGUAUAACAUUCAAAAUUUGGCUCAGUUGACCGCGAAUUUCAAUUUCCCUAUAAAUCUGGCCAUGUUACCACACAAUCAACUGGCCGCUCUGCAUCAGGCCAUGAUUCUGAGACACUUCGAGUUGCAAAACAGGCAGAACUGGUUGAAUAUGAAUCCGAGUCCUCUUGUCCAGUACGAAAAAUAUUUACAGAGUUUGUCCCAGAAACAAGGUCAGAUACUGAGCAAAGAGAAUUGACGAUCGUUGUUGUUGAUUAUGUAUCUGUUUCUAAAUAAUAUUGUCCAGGAUAAUAACAACGGAGUGUUUUUUAUCCUUGUUUACAGGGAACAUAGGUAUACUUACUACUGUCUAAUUUUACUACCACUGUCUACUUCUACGUCCUGUUUUAUUAUUAUUAUUAUUAUUAUUAUUUAAUGCCUAUGUGUUUGUGUCAUUUAUUUAUAUUUACUGUAGGUAUAUUUUCUAGGUGCACAUUUGUUUAUUAUUAUUAUUAUUUUCGUAAUUAUUAUUUAAUUGGCGUUGAUAACAGUACCUUAUCGCUACGUCUAAUGAUAAGGUUAAAAAUUGAUCGAACCGAUUUCGUUUGGGUCCUCUUAAAAUAAUUUGUCUACUUAUUAGUAGUAGACGCAUACGAAAAGUAUUAUUCAUAAUAGACAACAACUUUUUAUUAUUAUUAUUAUUAUCUAUUAAUAUUAUUUACUAUUGAUAAUAAUAAUUGUCUAUCUGUCUGUGUUGCCGUUAAAUUUGUGUUAUGUUUAACUUUUUUUUCUUGUAAAAAUUUUGUAAAAAGUUAGAUGUAAUAACGAAGUUAUGUGAACUGAUAAUACCUACCACACAUACCUGUCCGAUCAUCCACAUUAAUUCUUCUUCCUUUUUUAAAUUUCCUAUAAAAAAAUAUUUGUUGUUUCUCGCUAGGCAUUUAACAACAUCACCACCGAUUUUAUUACUACUUAUUAUUUUUAUUAAAAAUACACGGAGUAAUAAAGUACAUUAUUUUCAAUGAUCUCGGCGAUGUUUUUUCUUUCACCUGUUAGAUUAUUAUCUGUGAAAAGUAAGGGUUUACAUAUAAGGGCGCGUAUUAGAAAGGUAAGUGAAUGAAUAAAGGUAAAGCAACAAAACAAAAUGAUCUCGAAAUA